CGCCGUACGGUGGACGAGACCCCGGUCGCCCGGAGCGCUGUAUGUCCAUUUUACUCUUUUCUGCACGCCGUUUGGCGUCAUUCCAAUGAGUGGAUGAAGGGCGCCCUGGUGGAGAUCAUCCAGCUCGCCAGCCUCGACUCGGACCCCUGGGUGCUCAUGGUCGCCGACAUCCUGAAGUCCUUUCCGGACACAGGCUCACUUAACCUGGAGCUCGAGGAGCAGAAUCCCAAUGUUCAGGAUAUUUUGGGAGAACUUAGAGAAAAGGUGGGCGAGUGUGAAGCGUCUGCCAUGCUGCCACUGGAGUGCCAGUACUUGAACAAAAACGCCCUGACAACCCUCGCGGGACCCCUCACGCCGCCGGUGAAGCAUUUUCAGUUGAAGCGGAAACCCAAGAGCGCCACGCUGCGGGCGGAGCUGCUGCAGAAGUCCACGGAGACCGCCCAGCAGCUGAAGCGGAGCGCCGGGGUGCCCUUCCACGCCAAGGGCCGGGGGCUGCUGCGGAAGAUGGACACCACCACCCCACUCAAAGGCAUCCCGAAGCAGGCGCCCUUCAGAAGCCCCACGGCGCCCAGCGUCUUCAGCCCCACGGGGAACCGGACCCCCAUCCCGCCUUCCAGGACGCUGCUGAGGAAAGAACGGGGUGUGAAGCUGCUGGACAUCUCUGAGCUGGAUAUGGUCGGUGCUGGCCGAGAGGCGAAGAGGAGAAGGAAGACUCUCGAUGCGGAGGUGGUGGAGAAGCCAGCCAAGGAGGAAACUGUGGUGGAGAACGCCACCCCGGACUACGCGGCCGGUCUGGUGUCCACACAGAAACUUGGGUCCCUGAACAGUGAGCCUGCGCUGCCCUCCACGAGCUACCUUCCCUCCACGCCCAGCGUGGUUCCCGCCUCCUCCUACAUCCCCAGCUCCGAGACGCCCCCAGCCCCGUCCUCCCGAGAAGCCAGCCGCCCACCAGAGGAGCCCAGCACCCCGAGCCCUACGCUGCCAGCGCAGUUCAAGCAGCGGGCACCCAUGUACAACAGCGGCCUGAGCCCUGCCACACCCACGCCUGCAGCGCCCACCUCGCCUCUGACACCCACCACACCUCCGGCUGUCGCCCCUACCACUCAGACACCCCCAGUUGCCAUGGUGGCCCCGCAGACCCAGGCCUCUGCCCAGCAGCAGCCUAAGAAGAACCUGUCCCUCACGAGAGAGCAGAUGUUCGCUGCCCAGGAGAUGUUCAAGACGGCCAACAAAGUGACACGGCCCGAGAAGGCCCUCAUCCUGGGCUUCAUGGCCGGCUCCCGAGAGAACCCAUGCCAGGAGCAGGGGGACGUGAUCCAGAUCAAGCUGAGCGAGCACACGGAGGACCUGCCCAAGGCGGAUGGCCAGGGCAGCACAACCAUGCUGGUGGACACAGUGUUCGAGAUGAACUAUGCCACGGGUCAGUGGACACGCUUCAAGAAGUACAAGCCCAUGACCAACGUGUCCUAGGGCCACCUGCCUCACAGCUGGCCCUCACUUGGGGGCUCCAAGGGACGAUGGCUUUGCCGGCUUAAAUUAACCAGACAGCGGACACCUGGCCCACGAGGUCCCCCAGCCACCACCCUGCUGCUGACCCAGCCUGUUUUAAGUUCUAGAUGCAUUUCUCUGGGGUGUUUUGGGCUUAUUUUUAAAUUUUUAAUAUGGGUUCCUUUUUGUGUGAUUUAAGACACUUUUUGGACUCAACGUUCCAUUUUUGAAUGUAGUAAAUUAACCAAAAAAGUUACAACUUCCUAAUUUUAGUGACAGCUCUGCCUGUUAGACUCUUACUUUUUAAAAUCUUUUCUAUUUUCCUCGCUGGGGCAGUGCCCU